UGGUUUCUCAAACCUCCCCUUAUCCACUUCCGGUUCGAUCGCGUCGUCGAAACGUUACCGCCUUUGUUGAUGCCGGUUUGAGCUAAAGCUUCAAACUUACAUCCACUGUUAUCGUCAUGAGUAAGGCACAUCCACCAGAGUUGAAAAAGUACAUGGAGAAGAAGCUUCAGUUGAAGCUGAAUGGAGGUCGACAGAUUACUGGCAUCCUGCGAGGGUUUGAUCCCUUCAUGAAUCUCGUGGUGGAUGAGGGUAUGGAAGAGACCAAGACUGGAGAGAGACGACCAAUUGAAGGUUGUGACAGUUCCAUUUAUAUAUUGCUAAUUUCGCUCGUCCCAGUAAAAUAUUCCUACCCUUCAUUACAAAAAUGGAUGAUUCAGUCGUAGUGAUCAUGGCAGUGUGUUUUGUUUCUUGGUUUGUAUGGAUGAUUCAGUCGUAGUGAUCAUGGCAGUGUGUUUUGUUUCUUGGUUUGUAUGGAUGAUUCAGUCGUAGUGAUCAUGGCAGUGUGUUUUGUUUCUUGGUUUGUAUGGAUGAUUCAGUCGUAGUGAUCAUGGCAGUGUGUUUUGUUUCUUGGUUUGU